GGUCAACUUUAUGAGCAGCAACCAAUAAAGUUGGUAAAAGGAGUCACUUCCAGAUAUUCCAUUCUCAACGCAACCGCAGAAAGAAUCCUUAGCUUGAACUUAUAAAACGCCCCUAAUUUCACUUUUGGGUAGGCACAGAAAUCCCUCCUGACCCGAAAUCACAGUAAAAAUCAAUUUGCACACAUUCACCGUUUCUCCCCCCUCAUUUCUCCACCUUGAUUUGGACAUUUAAUUAGACGGAUUCGCAUACCAAUCCAUAUUUAUUUUAAGAAGACUCUGUACUGCCACAUCUUCGUUUCCUCUCAAAUUUGAACCCAAUCUACCAAUCUUCUUUACGGACAGAAACACAUAUAUUCAACCCAUCCACCUUUAUUCGACAAUGGAUGCUACCACCGCUCACAUACUCCCACUAGCGGAGGCCAGUCAUUUUGAAGAAUGGUUCAAAAUAGCCAUGAAGUGGAAAACGGGAAAGAGUUACAGACGUGCAUCCCCAGCCAAAGAGAAAAGGCUCGAUGGGAGCAAGGGAGAACUGAUGGGACUCUUAACGCCACCAGCUUCUCCCUUGAAACCAAUAUACUCGUCUUCCUUGGACUCCCCAGUGUCGACCCGAAAAAGCUCAAUCACAUCUUCCUUGGUCUUUCCUGUCUCUGAAUCAUCGUUGUUGGCCCCACUGUGCCUGACGCCACCCAUGGUAGUUACACUGCCCGAUUCCACAUUAACAACUGAUCCCAAGUCUUCAUCAUCACAUGCAGUUGAUCUCCCUCCUUGUUCCAAAUCAUCACCACCUCUACUUCUGCCUCCUUCUCCUCCUCCAGAGAAAGCGCCAACAUUCGAGAACGAGUUCUACGAAGUCAAACGUUCUCCAAAGGGCGGUCUAGGCUGUUUCGCCAAAGUAAAUAUUGAGUCUGAAACUAUGAUUCAUUCCGAGGAACCUUUGUUCUUAUCUUCUAUGGUGCAAAUCUACUAUCACUUUGAACAGUUGACGGCGGAACAACAAGCUGCCUAUCUGAAAUUGCAUCAUUGGCAUGGUCUCGCUGCGCACAAGGUUCUUGCAAUCUUUCAGACUAACCGUUUUCACGUACCCGGAGGCAAAUCUGGAAUCUUCCUCAAUUCGUCUCGUUUCAAUCACGCAUGUCCCGGGUUCUGCAAUAGCACGUAUGGUUUCCGUAAAGAUAUUAAUAAAAUGGUAUUCACUACCCUCAGGGACAUAAGCAAGGGUCAAGAAAUCACCAUCUCGUAUGCGAAUGUGCCCACUCAUUUGUAUCAAAAUUAUGGGUUCUUUUGCGAUUGUCCGGGAUGUCCUCCGGGGAGUUUCGCGUCGAAAAAAUGGGAGUAUGAAAAUGAUUUGGUAAGGCAGGCGGAGAAACCAGUUGGUGAUGCGGAUGAGUUUGAGCAAGAACCGUACCCGGGGAAUGAAGUUGAGGCGUGGGAGCUUGAGCGUGAUUCGUUUGAGUGGUAGAUUGGGGGUGUGAGAGGGGGAGGAGUGUGGAAUGGGCAAGAAAGACUGGGUUGUUGAUGGAUGUCUGAAGAAGAUUUAUGGCAGGGGAGAAAAGCACUUUUAUUCAUUGCUGCUUCAGCGAAAGAUAUCAAGUUGUUGGAUAAGUUACCGUGGGAAAGUUUGAAGAUAUGCACUUGACAUAGCGCUGGAUGUUACUGGUCUUGAGGUUACUGACGGAAGUCUGAAAUCGACGUUAAACUAUACCA